UUUGAACAUUUGAAAUAUAGGGAACUUUCUUAUAGUGGGAAAUCAAAUUUGUCAAGUAUCUGAUUUUCAAAUGUUGUAUACAGAACGGAGAAAGGAGGCGAGCUGCGAUAACGUUUGUCCGAGUAAGAUAACUAAGAAGAAGAAAGACAACUUGCAAUACAUGCAUGAACUAACAUCUCAUUUUCCAAAGAUGGAUGAAGACAAUUUUCGUUUGAGCGGUCCCACCUUAGAUGAUACUUUCGGGCGCGGUGGGAGUUUAUUAACUUCACAAUUCUCUAAAAUAUCAGCCCCCAAAUUGACACAAUAAAACGUUCUGUUUUAAAAUUUUCAAACGAUUAAAUUAGUGGUACCAGGGACGGAUCCAGAAAUCGCGAUAAGGGGGCGCAACUUUAUGAGGCAGGGGGUCUGGGAGCUGCCUUGACACCCCAGUGGGUCCAGUUCGAAGCCCUGACGGGGACCCUGGGGGCGAUGCCAGAAACUUCUGAAUUUUACAGAUUUUAUAAGAUUUGAAAAUGCUUCCUAUGUCUAGUCAAUUUUACUAUUUUCUGUCAUUUUUAAUAAGGUGAAAGUAAUAAGAUAAAUAAGGGUGAAAGAAAGAACUCGUGUUCAGACCAUUUGUAUAAUAUACACAUACAAUGAAAUAUGUUCAAAUCAAAUCAUAAAAUGACGCAAAUUUUAAGGGUUUCUGGAAAAAAAUGUACGUUUUCCCAAUAAAAGUAAUUCAAUAAACAACAAAGAAUUGUCAUUUAUUUCUCCGAGAGUGGAAGAAAUUAUUGCUUAUUUUAUCGUUUACAUUUUUUUUUUUAGACAAGAGACCACGAUUUACCUUAAAUUUGAAAAUUUUAGGGGGGUGGGGGGUGGGGCUGCGCCCCCUUUAAAUCCCCCACUGGGUAUAGCGCAGCCACAUAGUAAAAGUAAACCAUUGGUUAAUUAUAACAGCCUGUGGCACGCGGAACAGCGCGCUAUCGGUACAUAUGUAACUGUACAUCGAUAAGAUAAAAAAUAUUUUGUGCAACCUUUCUCAAAUGUUAAACUCAUAACUACAAUUGUAAGUCUGUAAAUGAUUCUAUUUAUGCCAUCAGAAUGGCAAUUUCUAAAAUGUUUUAUAUGAAUGAUCCACUUUUUAAGCAAAAGUUGACGAACAUUUGCCUGUAAUACCCACUUUUGGCAAUUUUCAGUGCUCAGAGAAAUAAAUAUACACUGUAGCAUAUAUCUCCGAGUACAUUUUAAAAUUACAUAUUAAAGAUGCAUUAUUAUUCUAAUUACUAAUUGUGAUAUUACAGUGUAAGUAUGUGGUUAUUUUCUCACAAUAUGCCGCAAGUUACAUAAUAUAUAUGUAUAUUAAUUAUUUGCUUAAUUUGCACUGUACAUGCAGUUUUGAAUGUCGAAUGUUUCUGAAAAUUUUCUGUAAAUCAAUAUGUACAUCGUCAGACUCACUGAUUAUAAAUCUGCACGCACUAGUCUACCGCACAAUGUACAAUAUAUAUCAGUUAUAAACAUUGAGGUUUUGUAGGAACCAAUAAGCAUCGGGAUUGGUAUCCAAUAAAUAUCCAGAGCAAUGGCUGCGCCCAUUGCGACUUAAGAUUAUUAUUUCGUCUCAUUUAUGUGAUCUAAUCGUAUAUGAUUUAAAAUAGAAAAUAAAGCAAGAUGACAGAAAGGGAUGAAACAGAUUUCAUUCUGAAUUACAUGACAGAGGUGGAAGCUGCAGCAGAGGAAAUUCUAGCUAGCAAGCAACACUUGGUAGAACUGGACAAGAGGAGACAAAAGACAAGAGAAGCAAUUAGGGUGCUACAGAAAGACAAGGUUUCUACUAAACAGUGGGUUUGCCUCGGAAAUAUGUUUAUAAAGAUGCCAUCAAAAGAAACAAAGAAACUUCUUGAGAAAGGACUUUCACCUGUAAAUCCAGAGGUGGUCUACGGCACCAAAGGUAAUCGGGAGAAAAUGCAACGGACCGGACCGGGAUUCGAACCCGGGCCCCCAGAAUAUCCAGUCAGAUGUUCCACCAACUGAGCUAUCUGGCCACCGGCAAUCGAACCCGACUGCUGACCGCUACAUAUAAUUUAUAUAUACGAGUGUUCUGAUGGGAUUUCAAGGCUGUUUCAUUUGGAAAGAGUGUGACCUUGAAAUGACCUUGACACAAAAACAAGAACCACACGUCCAAUUUCUGUAUGUCAAAAGAAUGUCUACAUUCUAUUAGUUGCUUAAAAUAAAAUAUAACAUCUCAAGACAUUCAAUAAAUAUGAGUAGGACAUCCUUAAUACAAAACUGAUGUACACAUGAAAAUGUCUUAUCGACAGAAAUUUCCGAUUGACAUUUCAAUUUUAAUAUUGAUAUUCUUUAGAAGUUUGAUUGUACACAAACAUAUUGAUUUGCAAAGAUUUCUUUUAUAUAAUCAUAUCGCGUUUUAAUUCUAAAAGAAGAAAAAAAUGAAAAAAAACAAAAACAAAACAAAACAACCCCCAAGUAAAUUCCUUGGCUUCAACAAAAACACUACUUUAAAGAGUUUAUGAUAAUAUGUUAACGGUGUUAACUACCGUUAGGGCGUGCACUGGUACGUAUACGUUUAAGAGGGAAUAACACACCAGAGAAAUC